AUGAGGCGUGUGUGGCCCUUUCUUAUUUCACCAAAAGAUGACACGGAUCUGAUCUAUGACCUUGACAUUUUUUCCACCACAGCUGUCCAUCAGCGUGGCUGGUUUCAUGGUAUCGGGGUGCACAGGGAAGGUCGGGCAGAGUGCUUCCGUGCCUCUCUGGUGGGUGAGGCCUCCCCUCCAAGCGUCUCUCACCCCAUUGUGACGUGGGCUGCACAGAGCCCAGCACAGUCCAUCCUUCAGCCCCCGCAUCCGCCGCCUUCUCCUGAUCCUCGUGGUCCUCCUCACCUGCUCCCCACGUAG